UGCGUAGUGUGGAGAAUUAGAAGACGUCAUAUCCCAGAAUUCUUUGCUGUCGACGUCAGCAGGACCCCGGAUCCGGCGUAGUUCAAAGCAGUAGCUUCGUGUUUGUGUUUAUUUGUUGGGAUUGUGUCGACACCCGCUUUUUGUGUAAAUGUAUGACAGAGACUGUAACUACCGAUGAUGGCACCAGCACUGUCUGCUGUUGCUGCUUCUGUCCACUGGAGGAAGAGGAAGGAAGUAACGAGGAAGAUGACAUGUUGUUAACUGACUAGCCCAGUCCACACCAGUUCAGUCUGUCGGUGUGUGAGUUGGUGUUUGAGGCUGAAAAAAACAGAGGGAGUAAAAAUGCCGCGGAGGAAACAGUCAAACCCGCAGCCAGUAAAAGUAGAUUGUGAGGAUGGCUUGGUGUCCUGUGAACAGAGCUGCCUGGUUUUGGAGAGAGACUUCCUUCUGAGUGGGGAGCUGGAGUUUGGAGACCCAGAGAUCAUAGGUCUGAACGAGGAAGCUGAUGUGACAGUUUUCUCUCUGAGUGCAGAGGACGAUAAUGAUGCUUCAGCUCCAACAGACUCCCCCUACCCAGCUUUCCUUUCUUGUAAAGGAUGUGGUCAACUUUUAGGAGACUCCCCAGUGGGUGCAGGACUAGAUCUGGGUUUGGGUCUAGAGUUAGGGGCAGAGCUGUACUGUCUCACCUGCCUGGAAAAAAUUGAGCUCAAAACUUUUGUGGACUCCUCUCAGGUAAAUAACCCAAACCUGUCAGACGAACCUUUUGGCAGCGACAAGAAAAAAAAGAGCACGGGUAAGGAGGCUGCUGCCACUAGUACCCCAAGUAAACUGUACUCCUGCUCACUCUGCACCUUCACCACCCGUUACUCCAACCACCUGAAACGCCACAUGAAGAUCCACAAUGGCCAGAAGCCAUUCCGCUGCCCUGUCUGCCCCUACGCCUCAGCUCAGCUGGUCAACCUGCAGAGACAUGCCCGCACGCACACCGGGGAGAAGCCAUACAGAUGCCAACAGUGCAGCUAUGCCUGCAGCUCCCUGGGAAACCUGCGGAGGCACCAGCGCAUGCACAUGCAGGAGAAACCGCAGAGACCGGAGAAGCAUAAAAAGAGAGGACAACAGAAAAAAACACAUGCUGAAUCUGAAGAAGUUGUAUCAGACCUGACUUUGAGAAUUUCCCAGGUCUCUGGUUUCUUUCACACGUUGGGAGGCCUUGGCUCUCCCUCUGCCCCGCUUCCUGUCCUCCUCUUCCCGCUCUCCUGUCAAGUGUGUGGACUAACGCUGGAGGAGGUUGACCUGCAGGAGAGCAAGGCUAAUGAAGAGGAAGAAGGCGAGGAGGAGAGAGGACCGGUGUGUCGUCGUUGUCUGUCUGACCUGAUGUCUAAAGAUGAAUCUGGUGCAGCGGUGUCUCAUGGACCUCGUAGUGAUCGAAGAAGAACCCAGAUGUACCAAUGUCCUCACUGUGCCUUCAAGUCCCACUACCCCAAUCACCUGACUCGUCACGCCCUCAUCCACUCUGAGGAGAAACCCCACCACUGCCCUCACUGCCCUUACACCUCCUCACACCUUGACAACCUAAAGCGACACACCCGGGUCCACACGGGUGAGAAACCCUACCAGUGCCCAUCCUGCAGCUACGCCUGUGGGAACCUGGCCAACCUGCGGCGCCAUGAGCGAAUCCAUUCAGGUGCCAAACCAUUUCACUGCGGUGUCUGCAGCUACUCCUGCAACCAGAGCAUGAACCUGAAGAGGCACAUGCUGCGGCACACGGGGGAGAAGCCGUACGCCUGUGCCGAGUGCGACUACACCACGGGACACUGGGACAACUACAAGCGUCAUCAGAGAAAGCACGGGCACAACACGGACAGCUGGGACAAACACAACAACGUCCACAGCGUUGGGUGGAUGCAGGACACUCAGGAUGCUCAGGAGACACAGGAGGACACUGAAUUAUAAUUUUCCUCAGCAAAGUUAACAGGUAAAUAAUCUGUAGAGUCAGUCAGCACAUAAAUGCACAAAGAUGAGACUUCUCUAAUCGAUUAAAGAACUGAAGACUUGAAGAAAUCACCAAAGUCCCCAAAAACGGUGUGAAUGGGGGGAAUGUGUUGGUAAAACUGAUUCUAGAACUGCUGCUAACAGAACUUUGUUCUAUGAAUGGUGUGAAUGAACAUCUUUAUCUUCUACUGCCACACUGGAAGUAAAUGAUUGGUUGAGUUUGAAGCUAGUGUAGAGAAUGUGUGCAUUACAUUUUACUUUAAUAUGCAGCCAAAUCACCAAAGAGACAAGUAACAGAACAGCAGGAUUAAAGUUUAAUUACUACAAGACUCUGCUGCCCUCUGGUGGUGAGGUGAACCCACAGCUGAUCACCACAGCGGCAGUCUGGUGUCCCCAGCGCAUUAUUGAUAGUGUAGUGUAUUUCAAUUGCAUGAGAAAUCUAGAGGUGGAAUAAACCAUUGAUGUUGUGGGGGUUGGGGGGGGGACCCGACCCUCACAGGGGAGCAGUUUUUGUUAGUACCUCAAGCUCUAUUUACCAUGCAUAUUUAAAAGUACAAAUGGCUGAAAAAGGUAAAAGGUUUUUAUUUAGAGUUGGUACAAAUAUUAGUUCCCUUGGAUUAUAAUCUGCCCUAUUAGUUUUAUAAUGUUAUGGAGUGAAGGAACUACAUGAAGAAGUCACAGGUGGAAUGUGCCUUUACUGGUGAACCUGUCAUUGUUACUAAUGAAAGUUAAAAAAAACUCCGCAGUAUUUGGUUCAUAGUAACUGCCAAGUAUGUGUGUAUUUUAAGGAUUCAUUACAAAACUCAGGAAAUUGAAUUGUAAGUGAAAAGUCGUGUUUUGAAAUGAAAAUUAUUCUUAAAUAGAAUGUAGAAUGUUGUUGCUGCCAACUUCCACCUCAGGUUAAGGAUGAACUCAGGAGCUUCAAACGUGACUUCAUAUUUCUAGACCUACAUA